CGGCGCACACUGUGUUCCUCGCUCACGUGUUUUUGUUGUUACUCUCCGUACAACAACAUUAUUUUCGUGGCACGUACAUUUUAUUUAUUCUCGAAAAACCGUCAUUUUGUUGUAGUCGACGAGUGCGAAUGACAGUGCAGGACAUGGAUAUCUGUCUGAAUGUGUUCACUGGGCCGUCCGAUGCUGCGUCUACAUCAAAAGGCUCGAGUAAGAAAGCAGAUUUUUUCAAGCCUCACAUAAAACGCCUCAACAAGAAAAAAUUGGCGAGUAAAAAUUUCGAAUUAAAAGACAAAACAGACGACAAUCAAUCGGAAAGUGUAAAUUCACAGAAGAAAAGAGUAAAACAAAAGUCGCUGUCGCUAAUUGUUGCACGAAAUCGAACUAGAGUGAAUCAAUCUGCUGUUGAUAUUGUCAAAAAUGUUGGCAAGACUAAAGUAGAAAAUAGUGAGAAGAAAAAUGUGACUGAAGGGUCGCAGUCGAGACCAACAGGAGUGACAGUUAAAUUUUCCAAAUCACCAGAGACUGGUUUAAAAACAAUUUUAGCUAAACGAAAACGAGAUACAAAUUCGGGUAAAACAUUGGCUGAUAUUUUCGCAAAACCGAGUGACGAUAAGACUGGGAAAAAAGUGGAGAACAGUUCGGGUGAAUCGUUGACUGAGAUUUUUGCAAAGAACAAGAGUUUUUGUUCGGGUGAUGCACAAGUUUCUUUGGAGGAAUCAGAAGGGGAGAAAUUGGCCCAUCGAAAGGGAAACAAGAGGCAUGAUAAAUUUAAUAAGGGGAGAAAUGAUAUGUCGAUUCAAGAAGACAGGGGAGAAAGAACGUUCAGUCACUCUGGAAAAGUCUCUUCACUGUUUGGCAAUAAUCCAGAUGUCCCAACCAUCGGACAGAGACUGGUUAAGCCUGUGCACGAGACUGUCUUCAGUGAAAGAAAGUUCAGUGAUCUGGGGGUUCACCCAUUCAUGGUCUCCAACUUGGAGCAGAAUAUGAAUAUCAGCAACAUGACAACAGUUCAGCAAAAAGCUGUCCCACAGAUAUUGUCUGGAAGUGAUGUUCUAGUCAGGUCACAGACGGGUUCUGGUAAAACUCUGGCUUAUGCACUUCCAAUUGUGGAGUCGCUGCAUAAAGUUAGGCCAAAGCUGAUGAGGGACAGUGGAAUAAGGGCUUUGGUGGUGGUGCCCACUAGGGAAUUAGCACUGCAGACUUAUGAAUGCUUUUUGAAACUCAUUAAGCCCUUUACAUGGAUCGUACCUGGCUACUUGGUUGGUGGAGAAAAAAGAAAAGCCGAGAAGGCUAGAUUGAGACGUGGUUGCACAAUAUUAAUCGCAACGCCUGGCCGAUUAUUAGAUCAUAUCAAGCACACGGAAGCCUUGAAACUCACCAAUGUCAAGUGUUUCGUUUUGGAUGAGGCUGAUCGAAUGCUUGAUAUGGGAUAUGAGAAAGAUAUAUCUGGUAUCGUUUCUGCACUAAAAGUAACGCAACACGAUAGUCAAUCUUCCGACUAUGAUCCCAUGAGCAUGUUACGACAAAAUCGAAAAAUCGUCUUCAGUGAUGAAGACAAUGAAGAAGACAAAGACCAAAAAGAGAGCAUAAAUGCCAGUGAUGAAGCUGCGGUGGAGGAUGUUGAAGAGCCAAAGAGAGAAUAUCACUCUGGUACCGACAGUGAAUCCGAAAUUCAAGACUUUUCCAUGAGGAAGAAAAAACUCUCCCCAGUGCCGAAAAAAAUUGACACACCCGCUGAAAAAACUAGCAAGGAAGGCUCAUCAGGAAGACAGACUAUUUUGCUAUCAGCAACAUUAACAAAUGCAGUAGAGAAACUAGCUGGUCUCACUAUGACUGAUCCUGUCUUCAUUGAUGCAGCUGAAGAGAACUUGCGCAAAACUGGUGGAAGUCUAACCGAGAUAAAUGAUGAUCUGGUGGUGCCUCAGGGUGUCACACAAAGCUAUGUAGUCACUCCACCGAAAUUACGGAUGGUGACUCUUUGUGCCUACAUCGCAGGAAGAUGUCAGACACCAGGACAGCAUAAAAUUCUAGUUUUCAUGGCAACCCAAGACAUGAUUGAUUUUUACGCCGAAGUAUUGCCCCUGAUACUGCGAAAACCAAGAGACGAUGGGGAUGAUGAUUCCGAAGCUCUGGUUAACGUUGAAUUUUUCAAGCUGCACGGGAGUAUGUCUCAAAAAGAGAGAACAGAGAUAUUCAAGACCUUCAGGCAGGCGCGCAGUGGUGUUUUACUCUGUACCGACGUUGCUGCACGCGGAUUGGACAUGCCAAAAGUCGAUACAGUGGUGCAAUACACUGGCCCGCUAUCGGCCAGAGACUACGUCCACAGAAUUGGUAGAACAGCACGUGCUGGCACCUCAGGGACUGCAAUAAUAUUCCUUACACCACCGGAAAUUGAAUUUGUGAGGGCUUUGGAGUCUCGAAGGAUACGAAUCAAGCAGGAGGACAUGAAGGACGUGCUGGAGAAAUUGAUGGGUCCAUUCUCGAGACAUUUAUCGGUGGAGGCCACUGCCACUGAUCUACAGAAUAAAUUCGAGAAUCUCUUGAUUGAGGAGAAAAAGUUUCACAGUAUGGCGUGUAAAGCGUAUGUCUCGUGGAUGCGAUUUUACUCGAGUUAUCCCCGCGACAUGAGGGAGAUAUUCAAUCGAAAAGAUCUCCAUCUCGGUCACUAUGCGAAGAGCUUCGCCCUGCGUGAUCCACCCAAGAGAAUCGGUGGUAUUGGCAAAACAAUGCUGGAGAAGAAUCCUUCAAAGCCUGUUCACAACAACAGACUAUCCAAUGAACGCCCUGAAAAAGUGAGGAAGCAACAGUCGGGCCAGACGAGUGGUCAUAAACCGGGGAUGCUGAAGAGAUCCAGAAUACUCAAUGUAUCCGAGUAUGGAGACGGUUUAGAACCCAUUAAAAAAGUUAAAAAAACCACUAGCACGCGGUGAAACAAAGAAUGAAAAUUCCAUUUGAUUAUAUAUUUUUUUGAUUAUUUGACUUCAUUUAUCCGCGUGGGAAUGAGAAAUUGGAGAGAAAGCAUUGAAUAAAGAUGAUGUAUGAUGCCGACUCUGUUGACUGGAGUAUAGCUGAUUUGAUUUGGUGCGGGAUAUCCUGAAGAGAGGUGAUACAGUA